UUGGCUGCAUCAGCUGGCUGCAUCAGCUGGUGUCUGACGGGAAUAAACAUAACCUGGGAUACAAUUACAUUAAUUUUAACCAAGACAGACCACCACUUAUUCCGCCAUUUUCACCCUACUCUAACUAAACCACAUCGUUAUAUACUAACCGUCUGAAAGAGGAUCAGCAAACAUGUUCUACACCUGUGGUCCCAACGAGGCUAUGGUGGUGUCAGGGUGCUGCCGUUCUCCUCCACUGAUGAUUCCUGGAGGCCGAGUGUUUGUCAUCCCGUGCAUCCAGCAGCUCCAGAGGAUUUCCCUGAACACUCUGACUCUGAAUGUGAAGAGCGAUAAAGUCUACACCCGUCACGGGGUGCCCAUCUCCGUCACCGGGAUAGCACAGAUGAAGAUCCAAGGCCAGAAUAAACAGAUGCUGGCUGCAGCCUGCCAAAUGUUCAUGGGGAAGUCAGAGCCCGAGAUCGCUCAGAUCGCCUUGGAGACGCUGGAGGGACACCAGCGGGCCAUCAUCGCCCACCUGACUGUCGAGGAGAUCUACAAGGACAGAAAGAAGUUCUCGGAGCAGGUUUUUAAAGUGGCUUCUUCUGAUCUGGUCAACAUGGGCAUCAGCGUGGUCAGCUACACGCUCAAAGAUGUUCACGAUGACCAGGAUUAUCUGCAUUCACUGGGGAAGGCUCGAACAGCCCAGGUUCAGAAAGACGCUCGCAUUGGAGAGGCCAAGAACAAGAGAGACGCUGUGAUCAGGGAGGCCCAUGCAAUGCAGGAGAAAGUCUCGGCUCAGUACAAGAAUGAGAUCGACAUGGCAAAAGCCCAGAGGGACUACGAGCUGAAGAAGGCAGCCUAUGACAUUGAGGUCUACACUAAGAAGGCUGAGUCAGAGAUGGCCUACCAGCUGCAGGUAGCGAAGACGAAGCAACGUAUCGAGGAAGAGAAGAUGCAGGUCCAGGUGGUUGAGCGGACGCAGCAAAUCAUGCUGCAGGAGCAGGAGAUCACCCGCAGGGAGAAGGAGCUGGAGGCCAAGGUGAAGAAACCUGCGGAGGCUGAGAAGUACCGCCUGGAGAAACUGGCUGAGGCUCAACGUCUUAAGUUGAUCAUGGAGGCGGAGGCUGAAGCCGAGUCCAUUAGAAUUAAAGGUGAGGCUGAGGCGUUUGCCGUGGAGGCCAAGGGUCGCGCCGAGGCAGAGCAGAUGGCGAAGAAGGCAGAGGCGUUCCAGCAGUACAAAGAUGGAGCCAUGGUGGACAUGCUGCUGGAGAAACUGCCUCUGAUGGCAGAAGAGAUCAGCAAACCUCUGUGUGAAGCCACCAAGGUUACCAUGGUGUCCAGUGGAGGCGGGGAGGUGGGCGCAGCCAAACUGUCAGGAGAGGUGCUGGACAUCAUGGUCCGCCUCCCCGCCGCUGUGGAGAGGCUGACCGGGGUCAACAUCUCCCAGGUGACGUCUCGUACAGGCUGAAGAGAAUCAACCGGUCUGACAUCCAGGCAGAUCCCCACCCCGCCCCCCUCUCUCUGAACAGCUGCCUGGACUCUUUGCAUGAGUCUGCAAACUCCUCUACUCCCGUUUUCUGUGAAAGUCGACAUCUUCUCAUCAUUCUUUUUCCUUUAUUUGUUAAUGGGUUGUUAAUAUUUUGGUAUGUGAUACCCGGGCCUGUCGGGCUAAAUUACUGUGAUCUUUCAGCUACUGUUACAGUUGUAGUUUCAGCUAUUUGUUUCUAUAUAAUUGCCAUGUUUAGUGGUAAUGCAAUAUUUCCCACAUAUUUUUAAAUGUUGGGCCUGUGACUGAAUUCACAUUUGAUUAACCAGAUCUCAAAUUACAUCAAAUCUAGCAACAAAUGUAACAGUAGCCUCCAUUUGUUCCGUACUUUUUAAUUAAUUUAAUCUUUGCCUUCAUACUACUUGUCUACUUUAUUCUAAUGUCUUUAACUGUCUCCCUUUGUGUGACCCUCUCCCUGCAGUCUGUGUUUACCUUUUAAUGUCUCCUCCAUAACUGCCUGCCCACUGCCUUGCUGCCAAGCCUUAAGUGCAUCUUAACAUGAGCGUUUAACACAAACACACAUUCAAAACCUUAAUUUGCUAAUAUUACUAAUAUUAGAUAGUCUAUUACUGGACACAAAACACACAAUGGUGACAAACUAAUAGUUAAUCAAACUUGUGACACCAUCUUUACAUCUGCACGGCAUUACUAUGUAUUGUUUUUAUAUAUCUUAUAUCUGUCAUUAUAUAUAUCAGUCAUUGUUUUCUUUUUUGUGUGUUCUCUAUCCACUCUGAUGUCACCUGGUCUUGUCCCUCUGAAUCACUUUGAGGAUUGUAGGAAGAUAAUUUUCUGGGAGACUCUUUGCUUAAGGCGUACUAGUAUAAUUCAUUAAAAAGCUGUCCACUCUUUUUCUUUUUGACUUUAAA